CGGUAAAUAUAUUACCAUAAACAUUUGACCAAGACACAUAAGCAAUUAAAUAGACGAGGAUUCGACAAUGAUCCCGCUUGGUGGCCUUGUCUAUGCAGCCAGGGGCAGGCCACUCGGUCACACUCUCCAGUAGGCACCACUCGGGCCCAGGUUUUUUGGGUCGGGCUUGGCUAGGCCCGGCCCAAGGUUUGGCCAGGUAUACUCCGGUCCUUCUCAGCUCAGCUCGUCCUCUCUUUACUGCUGCUUCUUCUUCUUCCUCCUCUCUUCCCCUCGAAGCACCGGGCAUGGAAGACAGCUUGAGCCAUGGAGCCAUAUCUCCAUCCAUCCCCAAGAGAGCCUCCCCCUCAAGAUGGAGCUCUGCGCCCGCUGGCUGUCUCAGUGGAUUAGCCCCCAAGCCCAAGAUCCAUGGGAGGAAGGAUGGAAUCCGUCCUUGUAAGAGAAGAGAGAGGUCUUUGUGUUCUUCACACUCGGUGCGGCAGCACAGCCACGGAUGCGAGGCGUGGGGGUGCGGGUGGGGUUGACAGAGGGCCACAUUGGGCGUCUGACGGGCGGGUCCUCGGAUAAACCCACCCAUCCCCAAAGCCCCCAAUUCCCCUCCCCGCCUCCCCGGAUUUCCCCCGAUUCCCACCGCCGGCUAGGGUUUCCGAGAUGGGCAAUCCGGCUCGCCCGCGCGGGUUCAAGGUCGGGCGCAAGGACCACGGCGGUGGGGGCGUUCGCCAGCCGCGGCGUGACCACGGCCCUGCGCGCGCCCACCUCCCGCCGGCCUCGGUGCCCACGACCGAGGCCCCUGUGCCUGUCCUCCUCCCGCCGCCCUCGCACGCGGUCCCUGAGCUCGCCCUCCUCCCGCCGCCCUCGCCCUCGCCCACCACCCCUGCGCCUGGCGUCCCCCCGCCCACCACCACCACCUCUGCGCCUGGCGUCCACCCAUGAGCGCGCUCAUCUCACGACGCCCACGGCCACGCCCCCUGCGCCCGGCCUCCUACCGCCGGCCUCGGUGCCCUCGACCGCGGCGGCCCCUGCGCCCGACCUCCUCCCGCGUACGUCAGCGCCGCCGGCCUCGUCGACCGCCCCUGCGCCCGGCGUCCCGCCGCCGGACUGGGUGCCCUGGUACAUGGCCCCCGCGUCCUGGUACAUGACGCAUGAGCGCGCUCACCUCACGACGCCCACGGCCACGCCCCCUGCGCCCGCCCUCCUCCUGCCGCCCACGGCGCCCUCAACCGCGACCUCGGAGCCCUGCAACCACAACGGCAUGCUGUUGGGUCCCCGUGUGCAUGCUAGUGAUCUCUCUCUGGCCACAGCACCCGCCACCAGCGUCACUACAGCAGUUUCCUUACCACCUACAGCUAACCCCUUCGGUCCCCGGUUAUCUGCUCAUGGUCUCCUGCCGGCCACAGAGCUCACGACCACCGACCCUCCACCAGCACUCCGUCCGCUGCCUACGGCAUCUUCUAUCUAUAACCCCAUGGUUAUGGAAAGGAGAAAUCUGGCACUGCUGGAUUCAUUGGCUUUGGAGCUGAUUGAUGGUGAAACGGAAGCUGACGAGCACUCGAUGGAUGAGGACGACGAGUGGGAUCUUAAGGCAGCUUGGUGCAGUGGUGCUUAAGAGGCCAGGUGCAAGGCCAUAAACAAUCCAAAGCAAGCGCAUGAUGAAGCAAGUUCAGCAAACAAUCGGGUUUUUCAGGGAGGGCAAAGAUCUAAGAAACUGAAAGUAAGUUGCAUGCACGUGGUACAGGGAAGUUUGCAACUAUAUCGUGUAUGAAUAACAGAGAGUCGGGGGCCCUUUUCUACCUGAUUUUGUGUUUUGUUACCUGAUCGUCAACGCACAAGAGAGGUUCCAGAGUUCGUGUGCAACAAAGAAUUUGCAGGUCAUUUUGGCUUGAUUAGCUUUUCGCCUGGGAUGUUAUCUUUCAGGACAGGAACUCCUCCCCCCUAAGGCCAUCAUGGCGUGUUUGCCUAAUCGUAACACAUGGAGAUGUUA